AUGCUUGUGCUCAGGCCUAGUCGUCAGCUAUCUUCCACAGGUGAACCUCGCCAUAUUCGUAUCAUCCGAAAGAAAACAUCCGAGGGAUUCUCACCGUGGUACCUCUUACUUGGCGCGACAUCCUCAGCAUCGGGGAUGCUCAACCUCUUGAUCGUCCAAUGGUCCCUGAUACGAUGCUGUAAAGUCGAGAGUCCAUGGGGCUGUGCCGAAUCACUUUUGGGAUUCUUCCAAGUCUUCCUUCAAUGGCUUUUGUUCUCCAUCAUACAUGUCUUGUACAUGAUCUACUUCCCUCCGCAUCUCAAGUAUCAGCGAACCCUUCCUAUCGCACCUCAGGCUUACGGCUCGACGGCGGAUCAAGCUAGCGUCCACACUAUCGAUGCUGGCGCCGAUGGAGACACGGACAAGCUCAAAGUCACUACGACGCCAGAGUGGAGGCUCGCAAUGACCCUGGGUUUAGUCAUCGUUCUGCACGUAUCCCUCCUCUUGCUCCUCUCCCUAGCUUUGCUCUACACUCUCCCAACUACUAUCCCUCCUCAUCCGCUCCUCCAGUACCUCGCUACAUUUCUAGGCGUCUCAGCAACUAUUCUAGCUGUCUUGCAAUACGCGCCGCAGAUUUACAGGACGUACCAAUCGGGUCUCGUCGGUGCCCUGAGCCUCGGUACGAUGGCUAUCCAAGUGCCCGGCAGUGUCCUAUUCGUUGUCAGCUUGGUCCUGCGACCAGGGACUGACUGGACAAGCUGGUUGGCGUAUGCUAUCACAGGCUUGAUGCAGGGGAUGCUGUUGGUUAUCUGCCUGCUUUGGAAAAAGAGACAGCGAGAGCUCGGAAUCGAUGACUUCGGGAAUUCUAUCAAUGGCCCGGAGACAAAUGACGAGCGUCGUGCCUUGGUCGAACCCUCGGACUAG